CGACAAGUGCUCGCCAACACUUCGCUUCCUUUUAACCUCAUCCAAACAGGAAGUUUGCCAACGAGCUAACCGCCGAGCUCGCCUUCCCGAAGAUUCCGUCAGAGGGGAGAGGUGAACUUUGAACCGAAGACUUCCAAGUUCCGACUUCUUGCCGCGGUGUCUCCAAACGAAGUCGUAAAAAUGAUAACAGGCUACAUGCGGGGACGAUGAAAAGCCAUUGUUCGGGCUCUCGCGCAGAAUUUCUUAGCACAAGGAAAAAACGACGUGCCACAAAAUCAACUCGUGGCAGCGUUUACGUAAAAAUGGCCCGCCGCUGUGAACGCUACGCGUAUGCGGAUGUUCCAUUUUUGGCCCAAUCCGAUGUUGUCGCUACGGCGCUUCAAUUCGGUAUCAGCAUCUCGGGGCGCCGGCGCACAAAUGUUUUCCGUUUUGAGCGUUCGCCGGCGCAAAACGGAAAAGGUCAAAAUAGCAAAAAAAAAUGCAGAAAGUGCACCGUUCUCCAAAAACCAAAUUUGACCCGAGUGGCCUGAACAAACAGGUUCCACGUGCUCGCCUGCGGAACUCCUCAUCCUCCUCUUCAAACGCUCUCAUCCAAUCCCGAGCCGGCCCUCGACCCUCCGGCCGACCCUCGGUGCCGCUGGGACGGACGCACGAGGACCGCGCUGACUCGGCGCUCGUCAGACCUUAAAAGGCGGCCUCGGCGGCUCCGUCGCCACGGAGACGAGCGGGAUGGCGAGACCGCUGGGCGUCGCCUUGGCGCUGGCGAUGUGCCGCUGGGCGACACUCGGUGCCGGGCCUUCAGAGUAUCAGCUGGACUCGACGGCGACGGCGUGCGAGGCGCUGAGGGACGGAGCCGAGCCACGGGACCACGGGCCGCAAUGCGCACGAGACGGACGCUUUCGACCUGUACAGUGCAGUGGGCGGGGCCAGCGGUGUUGGUGCGUGGACGCGGAAGGACAGGAAGUGGCUGGGACUCGAACCAACGGAUCCGUUCCACAGUGCGCGUCGCCGUGCCACCUUCAGUCGACCCUGCGAUGCUCGCCAUCGGGUCACUUCCUGCCGGUGCAGUGCGACUCCAGCAGGGGGCAGUGUUGGUGUGUGGACCAGGACGGCACGGAGCUGUACGGGACCAGGCAGACCGGGAAGGCGCACAGCUGUCCCGGCAGCUGCUCGGCGCUCGCUCGUCGUCUCCUUCACGCGGCCGUCUCGUCCUCGUCCUCGUCCUCGUCGUCUCGGUCUUCGCUGCCGCAGUGUUCCGAAGACGGCGACUUCCUUCCCGUUCAGUGUCGGCUCGUCAACGUGACGGACGGGCGAGAGCUGGACGUGCUGCGCGCCUUCAACACCUUUCCAGAAGCCUUUUCCACGUUCCGAUCUUUUCGGAAGUUCUUCCCGCUGGUUUCCGCCUACUGCUUCUGCUCUGACAGCAGGGGGCGCGAGAUGGCCGCCACAGGUGUGGAGCUGCUGUUGUCCGACGUGUACGACUCCGCCUUCUCCGGCGUCGGCGUCGCUCGAUCCUUCGCCGAGUCGACCGUGUUCAAAGUUCUUCACAGGAGGACGCUGGGCGUCCGCCUCGCCGUCGGCGGACGAUUCCGAUGUCCGUCGGCGUGCGAGGACGAGCGGAGGACGGCGACGGCCACGUCCGGCGUUUUCGUACCGUCCUGCGAGGAGGACGGCGCCUUCUCCUCCGUGCAGUGCCGGCGGGGGGGGCAGUGUUGGUGCGUGGACCCCACGGGGGCGGAGCUUCCUGGGACGCGGCAGCACGGAGACUUCCUGGUUUGCGGAGGCGACGUGUCCGAGGACUGCGGCUCGCUUCGUCGCGCGGCGCUCUCUCGCUUGUUCUCGGGCCCUCUCGAAGCCCGUCUUCCCGCCGCCUCGUCCGAGGGACGCUGGGCUUCCUGUCGAGCCCUCCUGCGACCGAUCGAGGCUCUCCUUCCCGCGGAGGCGGACCCACCGUCCUUCCUGUCCGUCAUGGCGGAGGUCCUGCACGGGCUCUUCCCCUCGGCGGGCGGGGCUUCGGAGGCUCUGGCCGGCCCGACCGCUCGCCGUCUGCAGGAAUUUCUCUUUGGCGGAAAGUUCCUGAAGAACGCGGCCAGCUUCAACCUCAGCGGUGCGGUGGGAACGCGGGGUGUCGUGCGCGUGGACGCCGCCGACCGCCCCCGCCGGCAUCAGAAGCUGGUCCUCGCCGUCAGCCGUGCCCUGGAGGACCAGGACUUCCUGGCCGGCCUCCGGCUCGCCCUGACGGGCGGCUCGGGGUCCGCCUCCUUGCGGCAGGUGCUGACGCCUGUGUUGCGUUCCUGCGCCGCCGGCGGCGAAGACGCCCCGCCGUCCGUCUUCGUUCCCAGCUGUAUGCCCGACGGGUCCUUCCGGGAGGUUCAGUGCCAGGGCGGCGAGUGCUGGUGCGUGACCCCGCGAGGCCGAGAGGCGGCGGGCACGCGGACGGCCGGCGGCCGGCCUCGAUGCCCGUCGCGGUGCGAGAGGGCGAGGGCGGCCGCCCUCGACGUGAAAGACAAGAUGGCGGCGGGGGCCGAGGUGCACGUUCCGGCGUGCGCCGACGACGGGCGCUUUCUCCCGCUGCAGUGCGGACACUCGACGUGCUUCUGUGUUGACCAACAGGGGGCGCCGAUCACUACCCCGUCACCAGGGGGCGCCCUCGCCUGUCCGGGCGUAAACCCUCAGCAGCCUCGCUCCUCCUCAGGUGAGUGCUCGCGGGCGUUUCAGGAAGUGACGGCCUUCAGACAGGAAGUGAGCAACAUCGUGGCGCUCUCCAACUCCUCCCACCUCCCCGCCGGAUACGCUUUCCUAUUGGCCGAGGGUCUGCGUCUGACCCCGGGGGAGCUGCGGGCGGCCCAAUCGGAGGAGGCCUCGCGCCUCUCCGAUCGGCUGCUGAGCCGCUCCAAAGCGGCGCUGCGAUUGGCCGCCUACUCCACGGUGCGGACGUUGCAGCCUGAAGGACGUCUCUCUUAUCGGCCGUUCAGUCCGCAGUGUGACAACAACGGGGAAUGGCGGCCCACGCAGUGUUACCACAGCACAGGUCAGUGUUGGUGUGUUGAUGAAGAUGGCGAGUAUGUUCCUGAAUCUCUCAGCAGCCGUUCACUACCUCUGCUCAAAUGUCUCACACGCUGUGAGAGAGCUCAGAGUCACUCGCUGCUCUCUGGUUGGAUGAAAGCCUCUGACAGCACAGCCACUCCCUCCGGGUACCGCCCGCAGUGUGACAAGGAUGGGGGCUUCUCCGUGCUGCAGACAGGGGGCGCCGCGGGCUGGUGCGUCCACCCUGUGAGCGGAGAGAGACUGCGGAACGCCGUCACGGGCGCGGAUGGACGGCUCACGUGUCCCAGCCGGUGUGAGCUUCAGGGUCUCCAGUGCCGUCCCGACGGCUCCUUCGUCCCGCUUCAGUGUGACGUCGCUUCCUGUUGGUGCGUGUCUGAGGAUGGACAGGAAGUGGAGGCUACCCGGCAACUCGGCGUGACGGGACGCCCGCCGUCUUGUGACCGUCCCGGCGUUUGUCCCGCCGCCGCCGUCGCCCGCGGCGCCCUCGUUUGCCGCCCCGCGCAAAACGGCCGCCAGACCUGUGAUCUCGUGUGUCACCGCGGUUACCGCAACUCGCUUGCUGUCCGCGGCUUCACGUGCGACACGGCCGCUCGCCGGUGGGAAGGCGACCUCCGACCUUUGCCCGGAGCCUGCCAGAUGAUGACGCCUCCUCAGCGUCUGUGGGCGUCUCAAAAUUGGUCGUUGGCGGCGCCGUGUUUGAACCCUCAAGCGAUACGUUCCCAGCUGUUGCACGACAUGACCAGCAGGGGGCUCUGCUCAGCUCAGCUCCCCGCGUCGGGGCGCAGCGUGUCUCUAUGCGAUGAGUCCUCAUUGCGAGUGCGUUGUCACGGCGACACGUCGUUGAGCGUGACAGUCAGCUGGACCGCCUUCAUGUCUGACCUCCCGACCUCUGAACUGCCUGACCUCCACGACAUCGCGGCCUUCCUGAACGUCUCGCGUCUUUUGGAGCGUUUUGAGCGUCUGCUGACUCAGCGCAUCGACGUCGCCUCACGACCUCAGCUGGUCUCCAUGACGGCGCCCCGGGUGGGCUGUUCCCGUGGUUACCGCCUGAGCGACGACGGCGAAGGCUGCGUUGUUUGCCCCGCUGGCAGCUACUCCGCCGAGGGGGCGUGUCUUCUGUGUCCAGAGGGAACCUAUCAGGACACAGAGGGGCGGGACUUCUGCAACCAGUGUCCCAGAGGCUCCUCCUCUCCCGGAGCCUUCGCCGUCAAUCAAUGUGAGACAGACUGUCAGAGGCGUGGCCUCCGGUGCUCUGACGGCGGCGACUUCCUGCCGGCUCAGGCUGACUUCCUGUCUGGCACGUGGCGCUGCUUUACCGGCGAGGGGGCGGAGCUUAACUGGACCACAAGUGACACGCCCCUCACUGAUGACGAAUGCUCAGUUCUCAGCAGGUUUCAGGCUGUCCCCAAGUCAGAGGUCACCUUCGGAGCUGAAGACACACAAGUCCUGCAAAGCAUGACCUCUGACCUCAGAACAUGUGCUGAAGCAUGUGCAAUGGACGCAUCCUGCCACCAUGUGACGCUGUCCAGCAGCCAGUGUGAAGUGUACAGCACACACACUUUGAACACACGCUGCAACACUUCGGAGCAGGUGAAAGGGUUUCUGGGUAACAGUCAGGCCGAGCUCUUUGAUUGGUUGAGGUGCUUUGUGAAGGUGAGGGGCGGGGCCUCCGAUAUGCUGGUCAUCAGGAAGAUUGGGGCGGAGUCUACUUCUGACUUCUUGAGGUCAUCGAUGUCGAAGGCGGAGUCUGGCGUGUUUCGGACGUCGGUAUUCGCUGACGCGUCGCUGGCCGACGCCCGUCGCUUCUGUGAGCUGGGCUGUCGUCGUGACGACUGUUGCCACGGCUUCAUACUCAACCGCAACAGCCUGAACGGCGGUUCUCUGCUCUGCGGUUGGCUGAGAGCGCCACCCGUGCUGACGUGCGGCCAGCGCGACUGGGACGUGAUUGGACGGAGCGCCGCCAAUCGCGUUUGUGGGGCGGGGCUCGCUUACAACAAGCACCAGCGUCAUUUCCUGUUUGACUUUGGAGGACAACAAUUCACCAUCACUGAGUCGGCGCUUCCUGCCUCCAGUGGGGACAAGAAGGACUACCAGGCAUCCAUCGUUGACUUCCAAGCUGUCUACCUGAAGACGGACCAAUCAGACGCUGCUUCCUGCGCAGUUGCUGCUGACUCGACUCCGCCGCUUGAUGGUUCGGUGCUGACGAAGUUCGCGUCGCUGUCAGAAGACGACGUGUCGGUGGACAGCGAGAGGUCACUUCCUGCGCUGUCCUUCUUGCUCAACAAGAAGAUCUUCACUUCCCAGAAUGCUUUGCUGUGGUGCCUCACACGCUGCGAGGGCGAGCCCGGCUGCUCGGUGGCGCAGCUGACCGACGCCAACUCGUCCGAUUUCUUCAAGUGCUUCCUGUUUCCUGACAGUCGCGUGUGCGGCGCCUACGACACGCCGCUCAGGGGCCCCUGUCGCCCCCUGCUGGACAGGAAGCCCAACAAUGCCUUCAGCAAGAAUGUGGACCUCGGGGGUCCGGUGAAGAACUUCUAUGAGCGAGUUUCCUUCAAAAAGAUGGUCUCUUAUUCGGUGCGCAAUCGAGUUAACGUGAAGGCAAACACACCGCUGCCUGACGGGUUCAUGGAUUGUGAGCGUCGUUGCGAUGAGGAUGCUUGUUGCCGUGGUUUCGGCUUCAUCGCGGACUCCAAAAAUGGUGGCACGGGUGUUGCGUGUGUGAUUCUGAUCAGUCUCGGGAUUCAAACGUGCGCUGAAGGUCAGCAGAGCUCUUGGACCGUUGGAGAUUGUGCACCAAAUGACGUCCACACCGCGCCACAACCCUUUGGGUGGUACCAAAAACCUGUGAAUCGGUGGACUUCAUCUCCAGCCUUGUGUCCUGCCUUCCGUCUGCCGACUUUGCAAAAUAACGUGUCCAUGGACGAGUGGAGCGUGCUGCCCGAGUCGUCGCUUCUGCUGGACGCGUCGUCUCCUUCUUAUGAUGUCAUCCACAUCAGCCGCGACAUCGCCACCGACCCGGUCCGGACCAGAGACUGGUGUCUCCACGUCUGCCAGGAGGCGGAGUCUUGCGCUGCCGUGUCAUUGGCCGAGUUGCCGUCGGCCACCCGCUGCGUCCUUUACCCGGACACCGCCGCGUGCGGCCUAAGCUCCGCCUCCGCCUCGCCGAGCCCCGCCACCUCUUGCCGGCUGGUGCUCAGAGAGCCCGCCCCUCAGGUGUACCUGAGGAAAGCGUUGUCGUCGUCACCGCCGGUGACGAACGUGACCGUCGCGGGUCACGGCACCCUACGGGGCGUCGCCGUGGAAACGGCGCUGGGCACUGACAGGAAGACGGUGGUUCAGUUCCUCGGCGUUCCGUACGCCCGCCCGCCGAUCGGAUCGCUCCGCUUUCGCGACGCGCAGCCGCCGGACUGGACGGGGACGUGGGACGCCACCAACGCGCGGUCCGCUUGCGUCCAACCGGGCCGAGCCGACGCCAGCGAGGACUGCCUCUACCUCAACGUCUACAAGCCCGUCGCCACGAGGGGGCGCGUGCCGGUGCUGGUCUUUUUCGUCAACCCGUCGACCGAUCGCAGUCAAGCCAUCCUGGACGGCUCCACCCUCGCGGCGGUCGGGAGCGUCGUCGUGGUGACGGCCGGAUACAGGACGGCCGCGCUCGGCUUCCUCUGCGCAGGCUCGUCGUCGGGCACGUGCGGCAACUGGGGCGCGUCGGACCAGGAGGCGGUGCUCGUCUGGGUCGACGCCCACAUUUCAGCACUGGGCGGAGACAAGAGCAGAGUGACUGUGGGGGCGGAGCGUGGCGGCGCUGACAUCAUCAGCUUGCGACUCAUGCAUCACACGCCCCUUUUCCAACGCAUGCUGCUCAUGGGCGGCUCUCUGUUCUCGCCGUCUUUGUUCCAAACGCCGUCCGCCGCCAGACGUCAGACGCUGGCGUUGGCCGCCGAGCUCGACUGCGCCGCAGAUAACGACCGGCGGAUGGCGGCGUGCCUCAGGGCGGCGCCCGUGCACACGCUCAACGCCGCCCAGACCAAGCUGCUGGCCGCCAGCGGGCCGUUCCGAUCCUGGUCGCCCACGCGCCGCGAAGACGCCAAAGCGCCGGCGUCUCUGCGCAGAGUCGACCUUCUACUCGGAACGUCGCAGCAGGACGGAAUCAUUGGACGAGCGCGCGGUGUCAAGGACUUUGCGGCCACGCUGCCCGGGGGCGGCGGCGCCGAGGCGGCGUUUUACGAGGCGCUGAGUCGUUCGCUGGGCGGAGCCUCAGAGAGUCCGCCGCUCAAGGAGGCGGCCGCCUGGUUCUAUUCGCUGGACCAUAGCUCCGCCCCCGCCGGAUACAACCUUUUCUCACGCGCACUCGACAACGCCACAAGAGACAUGUUCAUCGUGUGUCCCGCGCGGCGGAUGGGUCGCCACUUCGCUAAGAGCGGCGCCAACGUCUUCAUGUACCACCUGCCGGCGGGCGGCAGCAGCAGGGCCGACGUUUCGGUCCCGCUGGACGUGCAGUUGGUGUUCGGGGCUCCUCACCGGCCGAUCGGCUCUCGCCGUUUCACCGCCGCCGAGCGCCGCCUCUCGUUGGCCGCCAUGACCUACGUGGCCAACUUUGUCGCCAGCGGCGAUCCAAACCCGUCAGCGUCGUGGCCGGCGACCGCUCUUCCCCGCUGGCGUCCGGUCCUGCCCUCUCUGGCCCCUCCCACCUUCCUGGAGCUAAGCCCCGCCCUCGUCCAGAAGCGAGGCCCGCGCGAUCGCAGCUGCUCUUUCUGGGACGAUCUGGCAAAGGCGCUCGAGCCGCACGGCCGGCCGGGGGCGGAGCCUAAGUUCGACCCCGAGCUUCCGGUGGACGCGCCCGACAGCCAAUCGCGGAGCGACAAAGAUGCCUACAACUGAGGAUGACGACGGCGUCGCCACCCUGUGAUGUCAUUGCUCUCCGUCCAAUCGCACGUCAGAACAACGCUAUGAUUUUUGAUGAUCAAUUCUGUCUUCAAUCAAUUCACAAAUAAACAAAAAGUAAAAA